UACAACUUUAAACUUUAUCUAUUUCAAGUGAUAUGACCCGAAUAUCCUGCUUCUAUUUAUUGAUUUUUACGUCAACUACUUCCAAGAUUAGCGUUUGCAAUUUUCAAAGAAAACUUUCCUUUAUGCAUAUUGUACUUGUCCAUCCGAGCGGUAAUAAUAGAACGACAGAAAAAUUAAAAAGAACUUGUAUUCUUGCAGUCACAGAAACGUUAUUAUGCUCCUUGCAGAGAUAAAAAUGUCUCUCAAACAUUUACCAAUAUUUCUCUUUCUUCUUAUUUAUUUAACACUGGCAGUAACCUUUUCAAUUGCACUUCACUUCAAGCACAUCACUUACAUUCUGCCCUACAUCAGCGAUUCGGGAACCUAUCCACCGGAAAGUUGCAUAUUCGGAUUAAUGCUGAAUUUUAUGGCAGCUUUAAUUUGCAUCACAAUGUAUGUGAGAUAUUUGCAAGUUAGGGAGAUUAUUAAAAAACACAAUUUCCCGCACCAAAUCCAAAAAAUAAACAAGAUCAGUUUAUUUAUCGGAAUAAACGCUUGUGUGGGAUGUAGCAUCGUCGCAAAUUUUCAAGAAACGACAAUGUUGUCUGUUCACUGGAUCGGCGCUAUUAUGUUAUUUGUCUCAGGGGCAAUAUAUCAAGGCUUUCAGACUGUGAUUUAUUUCAAAAUAUUGCCAGUUUUUGGCAACCGAAGACUAAAUCUCAUUAGAACAGUUAUUGCCUGUGCUUCAAACGCAUCAGUCGUUGUUUUUGUAACAAGCGGCCUAAUUGCUGGUGGCCAGUUUAAAGGGGAUGAUGUCACAAAGUGGAAAAAAGAAGACGGCGGUUUUGAAUUCCACCUCGUUAGUACCAUCAGCGAAUGGAUUUGUGCUAAUUGCACAAUGAUUUAUUUAUUGCUGUUCGUGUGGGAUUUUAAAAGUAUUGAUUUGAGUGAACCUGAAAUUUCCGUGCAAGAUAAUUUUGCCGUGAUCAUCAAAACCAGUUAAACAAUAUUCGUAAUUUUCAAGUUAAGUCCUGUAAUUAUCACUAAUGUGUAGAUAAUAAAGUACAAUCAUUUUAA